UGGGUGGGUGGGUGGGUUUAUUCAGUGCAUCAACCGAAAGAAAGCUAUUGCUUCACAUGAAUGGUGGCAAGGGAGAAAGGAGUUAUACAAACAACUGCUUGCUACAAAAAAAACUAAUGCUUAAAGCCAAACCCAUACUUGAAGAAACUAUAAUGAGACUAUAUCGUGAUUUUUCUCCAAACUGCAUGAAAGUGACAAACUUAGGUUGCUCUGUAGGACCAAAUGCUCUUCUGGUGAUAUCAAAUAUUAUUGACAUUGUCAAUACCGCUUGCACUAGCUUGAAUCGUGAACCACCAAAAUUCCAAUUUUAUCUCAAUGAUUUAUUUGGAAACGGAUUCAAUACCAUCUUCAAGUCACUUCCAAAUUUCUAUACAAGAUUGGUAGAAGAUAAGGGACACAAGUUUGGUCCAUGCUUUGUUAAUGCAACCCCUGGAUCCUUCUAUGGGAGGCUCUUUCCCAGUAAUUCCAUAAACCUAUUUCAUUCCUCCAACAGUCUACACUGGCUUUCCCAGGGUUUGAUUGAAGAAGAAAAAUUGGACUCCUUUAACAUACCAGUGUAUGAACCUACAGUUGAAGAAAUUAGGCAUGUGAUUGAGGAAGAAGGAUCAUUCUUUGUUCAACGAUUUGAGAUUUUAACCUUGCCUUGGGUUGAAGGCCUAAAUGAAGGUGGUGAUAAUUCAUUUCUUGAUGGAAAUAUAAAAGCCAGAUAAAUGGCCAAGCACGUAAGAGCAGCAAUGGAGCCUCUCUUGUCCACAAAGUUUGGUGAAGAAGUUAUAAACGAAGUAUUCAUCAUGUAUCAAAAGAAAGUUGUGCAAUUAAUGGAGGUGGAGAAAUUGGAGUGUGCUACUUCUAUGAUAUCCAUGACCAAAAAUGCUUGAAGAAAUGUGGCUAAAUAGAAUAUCUUCUCAGUUAAUAAUACCCAAUUAAGUUAGUUUGGUUGUUAAAAACUGUUUUCUAUUAGUCAGUCGGGGGUUAUUAGCUUUUCCUGUAUAUAAACAUUCAUGUAUUGCCACAACAGUCCUAAUAAUGUAAAAGUUUGUUUCUCUUUCA